AUUAUGAAUAAGGGAGUAAUUAUUUAAAAUAUAGUUCAAUUUCAAUAUUAGCUGGGUUACAAUGGAUAAGAGUUUUUUGGGAGCUCUCAACUUUUGCCAUUACUUUACAGGCUUCAGAUCAUGAAGUUACUCGUCGAGGAAAUAGGAUCCAAAAAUCUUGCAGCGUCAGUAAAUUCCAGUGUUAAUUCCUUCGGGAAAAAUUAUGGAUUGGUUACCUUUCCUCUGGCUAAUUUUUUCAUUCAUGAACCUCACCCUAUUGGGAUUAAAUUUUUACGAGUUCCUUGGUUUCUCGGAUUUGGAGGCUGACUAUUUGAAUCCCUAUGAAUUAUCGUCUCGUAUCAACUAUGUGAUUGUGCCCGAGUAUUUGUUGCAUGGCGCAUUGUGCGUUCUCUUUCUCAUGACGGGUCAUUGGAUCAUGUUCUUGCUCUCGCUGCCUACUGCAUGCUAUAAUCUCAACCAGUACCUAUCAAACAAACAUCUCGUCGAUGUCACUGAAGUCUUCAAAGUAGUUAAUACUGAGAAGAAAACUCGUCUUAUAAAGCUGGGCUUUUACGUCCUCUUCUUUGGUCUGGUCAUUACAAGAACUAUUGCCAUGGGGGCAUUUUCUUCUGUGCUCUCACUCCUCUACUCCAACGACAAAGAAAUAGAUUUUCGGUCCCAAGUUCUUGAAUUUUAGAAAUCAGUUAGUGCAAGCGAAAACUUUGAGGUAGUUUUUUGAAGUUAAUGUAAUAAAAAUUGCAUAUUUCUAGGUUCUGCAUCUUCUUCAUGGUCAGUGAAUUUCGUAAAUUCCCAUAAUAGUCUUAUACAUUGAUCUUUAGCUAGGUUUUAAUGACUUCAAAAGUCCCUGUUUCUUGAAACAGUAGAGGCUGCUCUGAUCCAGCCCGAUAAUUCUUGUUUUAUGAUUGUUAAUGCUAAUAUGCAGGCUUGCGUUGUCUGUUGUACGCGCUGUAUUUGCUGACGAUGAUGAUGUUGUGGCCUGGUCGACUAUAUAUUGAACUUCUUCUGAGGUCUACUCGAUGUUGAUGGUAUGACUUGGUUGAGACUGAGACGAACGCCAGUUGCAACCGAGUCUCUCAAAUUAAUUUAACAUGGUUAGCCUUUUCCUCAUCUCUCUCUCUCUCUCUCUCCAUAGAUUAGGGCAAGAACUGAUUUCUGAUCUCUUCAAUGGCCAUUAAAUUUGCUGGUCAUGGCAUAGGUAGCUUGUAAAUUUGAUUGUAUUGUGUUUUUUUGGUGCUUCUCAGAAUAAUAUACCUUGAUUGGCUUUAGUUUGUUAUCAUUGUUGAUCAAUAGUUUAUAUGAGGAUUUGUGCAUGUUGGGCACUGUGUUUGAGGUA